UAUGUUGUGUUUUUCUUGCUAGGUGCAUUGCUUUUGCUGCAAAAAAAAAAACUAAAUUAAGUGCGACAACAAAUACGUCAGACGUCGUAUCCAAAAUUUUUGUCAAACUUUUAAUUGAAAGCGAAAAUUAAGUUCUUGACUCGAGGCAAAACGCGAAAAUAAACAAACCACAACCCAGUGCAAAAACAAAGACAACAACAAACUGUAAAUAAGAUUGUGACAAGUGCAAGAGAGCGUGAGCCAAAAAGAGAGAGAAAGAGAGUGCAGAGCAGUGGUAGCAGUUGCAGUCCAAACGGCAGCGACCAUGUCCAAGGUGCUCAGUCCACAGAAGCAGCAAAUUGCAACGCGCCCAAGGCAGCGCGUGGGCGUGGGCGUGGAUGUGGACUUGGACACUGAGGUCGCAGCAGCUGUAGCCAAGUUGGACCUAAGCGCAGUUGAGCUGGACUACACAAGCAGCAGCUCGAUUAUAGAGUUUCUGUCCAAAGAGCAGGACUGCAAUUUGGAGGCUGCCGAUGCCGAGAGCAUAUUCCAGGAAGUGAACCGUCUCUCUGACAACACUGACAUGCGUUCCGUUGAUGAGCUGCUGCUGGAGGCAGAGCGUCUCAUUCAACAGCAAUUGCGUCUGGGCUCUGGCGACUCGGAGCAUGCCGCUUCUGCCGCCGCACAGACGCCCUCAUCCUCCUCGGCUUCGCCACAGAGCAGCAUAAAGCUAAACACACGCUAUACGCGCUGCAUUGAGCAUGUGAAGCCCAAGACGCCAGCGGCGGCGGCGGCGUCAGCAGUGACGCCAGCGUCAUCGGCGCAGCUAAGCAAAAGCAGCAGCUUUUUGGCAUUUGUGGAGAAUCUGCCUUCCGAGUCGGUCAUUUCGGAGGAGUCGACGCCCAAGGAUUUGCACAACACACACACACUCACACACAAUGGCGGCGCCUUGGCGCAACUGCAGCUGGAUCAGUUUGAUAAUACCGAUGAUGAUGAGGACACGAUGGAGGAGAUUACCGAAGCGGAGGAGUGCGUAGUUCCAAGGGAGCGACGUCGCAGCGCUGCCACGCCAACUGCAGCCUGGAGCAGAUGCCAACCUAUCGCGCCCAUGGCCAGCUACAAGGACAAGGCCGUGGGCAGCUCGCCCAAGCAUCUGGUCCACACCCUGAGCUCACCGAUUGAACCGCUGGCGGCGGCCUGCAAUGUGUCGCGCGAGCAUGCGCUGAAGACCGAGAUUGAGCAGCUGCAGGAGCAGCUCAAGGACACCGAGGAGCGCUUGGCCUCGGUGCAGCUGCAAAGCGAAUCCUUGUCGCAGACUCAACGCGCUCUGCGCGAGCACAACAGCCGCCUCCAGGAGGAGUCCGAAAUGCUAAAGCUGGACGUGCAGCAUUUAAAGGAGUGCGCCGGCAUGUUGCGCUCGGAGCUGCAGGCGGCUCGCCGGGAUCGUGACGAGGCUGUGCAGCUGGAGCGCUCGCUGCGCAGCGAGCUGGAGGAGGUGCAUCUGGAGCGCCGCCAGGUGGCCGAAACCAAAGAGAAGGACGCUCGCAUCAUUCAGGAUCUGCAGCGCCAGUGCCGUGAAAUGGAACGCAUCCUCAUGCGCAAGCAUCCGGACUCGGUGUCCGCUUUGAUUGUCGCCUCGAAGAAUCCCGGGCUCUGCUCAUUGAAUGACCAGGAGAAUCUCAACAGUCGCAAGCUGCUGGAGCAGCGCAUAGCGCAACUGGAGUCCGAUGCCAAGGAGCAGGAUCGCAAGGCGCAACAGAUCCUGGCCAAUGUGCAGGCGCGCUUCAACUCGGUGCAGGUCAAAUAUGAAACGCACAUAUCUGAUCUGGAGACCCAAGUGUUGAGCCUGCAAGAGAUCAAUACGAAGCUGAAUGAGCAAAUCGAGUCCCAGGUGCGCACCUUGGAUCGCUAUAUGCAGAAGCGUGCCGAUAGAUAUUACAACAAUUGCACACAAACCGAAGCGGAGCUGACCACAGCUGGAGCAGCAGAACCCAAGGGCAAGUCGGCAGCCAGCACACAAACCCAAACUGCUGCCAGUGUGGGCGGCGUGCGUGAUCAUAGCACCAAUACCAUCGGCUGUCCCUCGCCCAGUUUGCUCUGCCAGCAGCACUUGUCGGCGCAUCAUCUGCAGCAGCAACAGCACUCGGCGGGCAGCAGCAGCACCAGCAGCACGGCCAACUCAACGCCAAAUACCUCGCGUCCCAACUCCAAACAGAGCGGAGCACAGCGUCGUGCGGCUUCGCUGGCCUCCAAGCUGCCCAUAUCGCAGUCAGACUCCACGCUGUCGCUGGCGGCGUCAGCAUCGGGCAGCAAGGAGGAGUCGCAGCUGCUCAGCUCGGUGCGCAGCAUGCGCGUGGAUUUGGCCAUUAAGAACAAAGCGAUGCAGCGUCUGACGCGUGAGCUGGACGAUUGCAAGAAGACCAUAAGGAAGCUGCAGCGAGAUGGAGCGACAAUGGGCUCGCUGGGCUCAGCAGCAGGCGGCAGAUUGGAGAGCAAGCUGGCUGGGCUGUCAGCCAGUGGGAGCGGCGCUCAACGACAUCAUCAUCAGCAUUAUCCCGACCAUAUACCGGCGACCACAGAGAACCAGGCGCUGAAGGAGGCACAGAACAAAUAUCAUCUGCUGGAGGCCGACUACAGGACGCUGCACGACAAGCGACUGCAGGAUGUAUGUGCUGAACUGAAGACGCUGCAGUGCGCCCACGAGCGGGAGCUGGCCUCUUGCAACGAGACCAUGCGCAUCUUGCAGCAGCGACUCAACGAGCGUGAGGAGGCGCUGACCACGCAGAAGCGACGCAAGGUGCCCGUCGAUUAUUAUGCGCUCAAAGCCAAGGUCUCGCUGCUGGAGCGACGUCACUCGGAGCGGGAGGAUCGCUUGCAUAUGCUGGUGGAGGCGCUUAGCAAGGGACGGCUCAAUGGUGCGCUGGAGGAUCUUUUACAGGAGAACAAUAAUAAAUAAUUGAAAGCGAUGCUAACAAACUCGCCUAUUAGCUUAGUUGAUGGCUAAUACUUGUAAACCAUUUUAACUAAAUUGUUUGCGCUUUCAACCAUAAUUAGACUUAUGUUUAAACAAAAUUGUGCGUUAACUUUGAUCUCAGUUUUCCAAAACACACACACACACACGUACACACGCACACGCACUCAAUGUACAUAUAUAAUUUUAAUAUUUA